AUGGCCGCAGACACAGAGAAGGAAAAGGAAAAGACCAAGAUAGACGCCGGACUCGCUAGCCUGAACCACUAUCAGAGGAAGCUGCCGGCAUGGAGAUACAAGCUACGACAGCGCACCCUGCCCCUCGUCCGGUGGGAGACGCCGUACCUGGCAUGGCUGCAGGAGAGGAUACGCACACCCUCGCUGGAUUCCUGGUUUGCCAUCACCGCGAACCUGGGGACGCAUACUUUCUACAUGGUCAUGCUGCCCGUCCUCUUCUGGACCGGGCACACGGGCAUUGGUCGGGCGGUGGUUCAUCUGCUCGCUGCCGGAGUCUUCUUCAGCGGGUUCCUGAAGGACCUACUGUGUCUGCCACGGCCGCUUUCUCCCCCGCUGCAGCGCAUCACGAUGUCCGGCUCGGCGGCGCUGGAGUACGGGUUCCCGUCAACCCACUCGACGAACGCAGUGUCGAUAGUCGUCUACGCCCUGCACGCGCUACGUUCGCAGUCUGAUCUCGCACCGCUUGCAUCCACCUUACUCCGGACGGGACUCUCUGCUUGGCUUCAUCAAUGCGUCUACGGGCCUAAGUUUGAUGAAUACCUCUUUACCGGCUCGAUCAAGGAAGUCCUAGUCGUCAUUGCUAUCAUCAUCGUGCUAGUCCGUGUGCACCCGGAGCCCGCAGACUCUUGUCCCUGCUUCGACGAUAGUGUUGCUUUUGCUGGCGUCUUUGCCGGAGUAGAGCUGGGCAACUGGCACUUUGCGUCAACUAAAUACUCGCUUUCCGUCCCUACCCCGGCCACGGUUCCGUUUGACCUGCAGCGCAUGGGUUGGCUCAAGACCGUGCUUCGCAUUAUAAUUGGCGUGGCAUGUGUCGUCGUAUGGAGGGAAGUGAUGAAGCCCACGCUGCUCAGAAUUCUGCCGCCGCUGUUCAGGGUCAUAGAGCGUCUGGGCCUGAGUCUGCCCCGACGGUUCUUCAAGCGUGCUACGGAAUAUACGCGCAUCCCGAACCAGCUAAAGUACGACGACGUCAUGCCAAACGUCUCGGACAUUCCAUCCAUGCUCACCUCUAUCCGUCACCCCCGACGGCGGGCCAUCUCCAUCGGCCCACAAUCAGAAGCCGACGCCUAUGAAGCCAUUGCGUACCGACAGGAACGCCGACGAGCCAGCGCAGCGUCCGAGAACGGCCGGCCGUCCACUCCGUUGCGCGAGAACGUCAAGAGCCCAACACUACGGCCCACCACGCGCUCUAAACGGACGGCCUCUAAUGUGUCAGACACGCAGUCUCCCUCGAGGAGUCUUCAUGAUUACGAGAACAUGAUGGGAUCUGGAGCCCAGAUUUAUGAAGAGGGCAAUGGGCAAGCCGUAGACGCCCUUGCUAACGGUAAUGGGAAAGUAACGAAUGAUGAGGAUGAUGAAAAGGACAUGUUUUUGAAGAUCACGCCACCUAGAGUGCGGUAUGACGUAGAAGUUGUCACGAAGCUGAUUGUUUACUCCGGCAUCGGACUGGUUGCCGUUGAAGGCAGUCCCAUAUUAUUCCACCUGCUGGGUCUCGACUAA